AAUUAUUUAUCACUGGAUAUUUAAAAUAAAAAAAAAUGGUCCUCAAAAAACUAAUGAUAUGGGAAUGGGAGCACUGAAUGACGAAAGUACCCUUGGUCUUGGAUUUCAACUGAAAGGACUGAAGAGUCCCACAUGUACAUCCAUGGCUGCCACUGCUCCUUUACAAAGGUCCCCAUUUCUUCAAUGUCUCUCUCAGUUUCUCCCUUUCUCUCUCCUCGACUCCUUCUCUCUAGUCUCAGAUGGUUGAAUUGAAUUGGAAUAAGAAAGCAUUGAUUUUUUGUUAAUGUUUGCACUGAAUUUGAUUGGUUUGGUGUUGUCUUAUGGUUGUUCUCCCUGUUGUUAUGAUCGAUAUAUAUAUAUAUUUAUUUAUUUAUUUUGGUUACAACUUUUUUUUGUCAUGCUGUGCGUUGAUUGGGAAAAUCUGAUUUUGAUCACAGCAAUUGAGAGUGAAAUCAUUUAAUUAGUUGAAGAUCUGGAGACCCUUUUGGUAGUUUUUUGAAUCUGGAUGUUUAGUUGGUUAUAUAGUGUGAAAAUUGAUUGGAUCUUUGGUUAACUGGAUCUUGUCUUGAUGUUGGGUCGAAGAAUUUAGAUCAAUGAUUAUAAACAAAAAUGAAAAUUUAAAGAUUGGAACUUUUGAUGCUACAUGACUUCAUUAAUUCUGUCUGUGGAAGCGAGGAAAGUUUUUAGUUUUAGGGAAGGUGGCAUUUAUGUCUUGCUUUUCAGUAACCAUCUAGUCAAAGAAGUCUGUAUGAGUUGCCGGUAGGUCCUAUCUUGUUAGAUGAAGCUGCUUGUGGCCUAUAGGAUGAUGGUGUACAAAUGAUUUGCUGUUUUCGGUUGCAGGUGACACUUCUCUUCUGUCAUUUGGAAGGGAUCUGGAUCUGGAGAUAUUUACAGCCUCAUAUUUGAGAAGAUAGUUUCUGGUUAGAUAAAAAAAUGUCAGCUUACGCCCAUCAAAUGGAGCGGGAGUACUCUGCCCGGAGUCUCUCAAGUAGAGGAGAUUCAGGUGUGUUUACUUUAC